AUGGGCUUCGUGAAGCACUGCGGCAAGCGCUGGAUCAGCUCGGAUGACACCACUGAGUCAACGCAGGACAGCACCCGCGAGGCGCUCGUGGCGGCCUGUAGCAGCUUCAUUCAGCGUGGGGAUGAGGAGAAAACGAUGUGGGAAAACUACCUGAACCAAGAGCUUGGAGGAAUCAUAGGUGAUCCUUUUGCCUUUGACUUGCGAAUCAAAAUCCUGGACAAUGCUGCGCGGAAGGCCUUGAAACGUGCAGCGAGACAGGCCAUGAUGGAUGAGAUGUUGGCCAGAAGCAAGGCCAAGAGGUCCAUGGCCAGCUCGCCUUCGAACCUGGUGGGCGUCUACAAGGAGUUCAUCAGCUCGCCACGCAUCGAUAAUCAGCUCAGUACUUGGGGCGCCAUCCAGGGCAUUUGCGAGUUCGCCAGUGACGACAGCGCUGUCGCCACGGCGAAGGACGUGGCCAUUGCCGUGUCAUUUGAUCACGAAGAGGUGGGCAGUUCCUCUUGGACCGGUGCGGAUGGCGCCACCUUGCCGGUGUGGUUGGAGCGCACCAUGACGGCGUUGCAAGUGCCCGACGCGGCCAAGCCCGAGAUGCUCACACGGAGCUUUCUGAUCUCCGCAGACUGCGCGCACGGGCUGCAUCCAAACUAUGCUGCCAAACAUCAGGCGGAACACCGUCCAUCAUUCCACAAGGGCAUUGUCAUCAAGACCAACGCCAAUCAGAGGUAUGCUACGACUCCGUUGACCGCCGCGCUGUUCCGCGAGGUGUGCAAGCGUUGCGAGGUACCAGUGCAGGACUUUGUGGUGAGGAAUGACAGCCCGUGCGGCAGCACCAUAGGGCCUAUCAUCUCCUCCAGCACUGGCGUCCGAACCAUCGACGUGGGUGCUCCGCAGUGGGCCAUGCAUUCCUGCAGAGAGACCUGCGCCAGCAGUGAUGCCUUGCACAUGUUGAACCUCAGCAAGUCCUUCUACACCCACUUUCGCGACGUGGACAACUCGGCGGCCAAGUUGUGACGAGCCGUGCCAGCGGUGUGCCACGUGCGGUGUGCCACGGAGACCAAGGCUGGAUCCCAAAAUAAAAGCAGGGUUUUACUCAAAAACCAGCAAGGACAGGGGGUUCCUGAAGAUCCUGCAGCACAACUCGACGUGCAAAACAGGGUCUACUCCGCCCACAACUCGGGCGGAGUUACUUUGGCGUUUCGGACCUCAGCAAAAGG